GUCGCGCUCGGGAGCGACAUGGAGCCCGCGGGGCCGCGCUGAGGGAGCGCCGCGCCGAGCGCGGCCGCCGUCGCCAUGUCGCUGGGCGAGUACGAGCGGCACUGCGACUCCAUCAGCUCCGACUUCGGCAGCGAGUCCUCGGGCAGGGGCGGCUCCCGCGGCGGCGGCGGCGUGCCCGGCGAGCAGGAGGAGCUGCACUACAUCCCCAUCCGCACCCUGGGCCGCGGCGCCUUCGGCGAGGCCACCCUGUACCGCCGCACCGAGUUACAGAGGACAUGGGGUCAUCUCAUACAGGAUGACUCACUUGUAGUGUGGAAAGAGGUGGACCUGACCCGGCUGUCAGAAAAGGAGCGUCGUGAUGCUUUGAACGAAAUCGUUAUCCUGGCCCUGCUGCAGCAUGAGAACAUAAUUGCUUACUACAAUCACUUCAUGGAUAACACCACGCUCCUGAUCGAGCUGGAGUACUGUAAUGGAGGGAACCUCUACGAUAAGAUUCUACGACAGAAAGACAAGUUAUUUGAAGAAGAGAUGGUGGUUUGGUAUCUCUUUCAAAUUGCAUCAGCUGUGAGCUGCAUUCAUCGAGCUGGAAUUCUUCACAGAGACAUAAAGACAUUAAAUAUCUUUCUAACCAAGGCAAACCUGAUUAAGUUGGGAGACUAUGGGUUGGCAAAGAAGCUGAACUCUGAGUACUCUAUGGCUGAGACUCUGGUGGGAACUCCAUAUUACAUGUCCCCAGAACUCUGCCAGGGUGUGAAAUACAACUUCAAAUCAGAUAUUUGGGCUGUGGGCUGUGUCAUCUUUGAGCUGCUUACUCUGAAGAGGACCUUUGAUGCUACUAAUCCCCUGAACCUUUGUGUGAAGAUUGUACAGGGAAAUCGUGCCAUGGAGGUUGAUUCCACUGUCUAUUCCUGGGAACUGAUCCAGAUGGUGAACUCCUGCCUUGAUCAGGACCCAGAAAAGAGACCCACUGCAGAUGAAUUGCUUGAACAUCCCCUUCUCAGCAAACGCAGGAGGGAGAUGGAAGAGAAAGUCACGCUGCUUAAUGGGCCAAAUAAGCGACCAAGGUCAAGUACCAUGAACGAGGCUCCCAUUGCAGUGGUGACUUCGCGCACUAGUGAGGUGUAUGUUUGGGGGGGUGGUAAGUCCACUCCUCAGAAGCUGGAUGCCAUCAAAAGUGGCUGCAGUGCACGCCAGGUGUGUGCUGGUAACACUCACUUUGCUGUGGUGACAGUGGAGAAGGAGCUCUACACAUGGGUGAAUAUGCAGGGGGGCACCAAGUUGCACGGACAGCUGGGACAUGGAGACAGAGCUUCCUACCGGCAGCCAAAGCAUGUUGAGAAGCUUCAGGGAAAAGCCAUUCGCCAGGUGUCCUGUGGAGAUGAUUUCACAGUGUGCAUCACGGGUGAGAUGCAUGGGCUGGUCUUCCUUCUGCCAUCUGUGAUGGAUGAGAUCAGUGUGGAGCUCCCGCCCUCCUGCAUGCAAGAGAGACCAAGUCGUGGGCAGUUUGAGAAAGGGGCAAAGCAGCUGAGGACUGAGGAGCGGAGGCUCCGCACUAAUCGGGCUAGCUCGGGCACGGCUGUGGCGGCUGCCCGGGACGGUGUCCUGGCGUGCACUGGGGAACGAGAGCGAUGCGAAGGGAAGCAGAGAGUGGAGGGGCGCGCACCGGUCGGGGGGUGCGAGGUGCCGGGGAGCCGUGGUGCGGAGGGGUCAAGAGGUGCCGGGGACGCCGGCUGCGAGGGCAGAGGGUGCUGGGGGGUGGCGGGUGCGGAGUCCCGGAGUGCAGGAUGCGGAGAUGCCGGGCCGUGA